GUAUCCGAAUGUGCAGGCUAAAAUGCAGGAAGAAGUGGAUAGGAUUGUUGGAAGAGACCGUCUGCCAUGUGCUGAAGAUCAGCCCCACUUGCCCUACAUCAUGGCUUUCUUGUAUGAAUCCAUGCGUUUCAGCAGCUUUGUGCCUGUUACUAUCCCGCAUGCCACCACAACCAACACCUUCAUAAUGGGCUACCUCAUUCCCAAGGACACAGUGAUUUUUGUUAAUCAGUGGUCAGUGAAUCACGAUCCAGCAAAAUGGUCCAACCCAGAGGAUUUUGAUCCAACAAGAUUCCUGGAUGAGAAUGGAUUAAUCAAUAAAGAUCUUACUAGUAGCGUGAUGAUUUUCUCAUUGGGGAAACGCCGGUGCAUUGGAGAGGAGUUAUCCAAGGUGCAGCUGUUUCUCUUUACCUCCAUACUGGUACAUCAGUGCAAUUUUACUGCUAAUCCAAACGAGGACCCUAAAAUGGACUUUACCUAUGGGUUGACCAUUAAACCUAAGCCAUUUACCUUGAAUGUUACGCUUAGAGAUACUAUGGAUUUGCUCGAUCAGGCUGUCCAAAGACUGCAAGCAGAGAAAGCAGCCAAUGAAAAUCAGCUGUCAGCAAAUGCCUAAGCAACAAGCCUUGCAUCUAAAGAUAAUCCCUCUCUCUCUUUUUAGUCUUAAAUAAGGUAUAGUUUGUUCUGGUGAUCUUUUUGGAAAAUAGCCAAUAUUACAAUUUACACGAGCAGGAAGGAAAACUGCACAGGGUAUAACUCAGUCCUCUUUUUAAUUCUAGAAGGAGAGCCAGGGCAACAAUUUAAUAUAUUAAAUGAUAAAACAUAUGCAAUUUGAAAGUAAGCCUUUUCUUUUCUAGCUUGUUCACAGAAGUCGCCAUUGUAAAGCGCUUUAUCUACUGACUGGUUGGAGCAUCUCCAGGAACUGUUUGUACAAUCCUUUCCACG